ACAUUAGAUUGUAUUUGAAAUUUUAAUAUCCUGGGUUUUUUUUUCACAUUUGCUUAUAAGUAUUUUUCCAUAUUGUCACAUAUUUUCAUUUUCAAUUAUCUGAUGUCUGUAUGAGUUCCACCAAGUGGAAGUACCAUACUUUGCUAAAUUGCUAAGCGUCAGUGUCCAUCAACAGAAAAAUUGUGUUUUCCAACAACAUUUCAGGGGAUUUUUUUUUUUUUUACAGGUAACAAAAGAAUUCAGUUGGGUUUUUUUCUCCCACUCUGGGAGGUUCCUUCUUUGUGAAAAAGUUCUAACAGUAGAAUUACUAGGUUAAAUAAUACAGGCAUCUUUAUGACAUACUGAUGAGUGAGGAUCUUCUGAGAUCCAUUGCAGGUGUUGUAUAUAGUACAGAUUGAGAAUUUUGUUCUGACUUUCUGUACCUACAAAAUGGUGACCAUGGUGUCCCAACUGCCACUCAGCUUACAACUUUAAGACCUAAUAUAUUGGGUUGGCCAAAAAGUUCAUUCGCGUUUUUCCGUAACAUCUUACAAACAAACUUUUUGGCCAACCCAGUAUAUUGCCAGUUAGCUCUAGAAAGAUGGUACCAGUUUACAUUCCCACCAGUGGUGUGUGAGAAGCUCUCUUUCCCUGCACCUUUGCCAGUUUUGAGUUUUAGCAUUAAAGAGAGAGUUUCCAACUUGAUAUAAAAAUUGAUUCUUCAUUCUUUCAGUUCCCAUUUCUUUGAUUACCAAUGAGGUGAAACUUUGUUUUGGUAUGUCUAUUGGCCUUUUGUAAUUCUUGGUAUAUUUGUUGUACUUUGCAUGUUUCUAUCAGUUCAUCUUUCUUCUUUACUCGUUAAUAGGAAGUCUUUUAUCAGGUCUAUCUACUCCUUGAUGUAUAAAUCAAAAAUACAUUUUUUAACCCUUUACUGGGUUUUGGUUUAUUUUGGUAUGUGGUGUGAGGUAGGAAUCUCACUAAGUGUUUUUUCCAGAUACUUAAGCAACAUUUCCAACAUAAAUUGUGAGUAAUCAAUUUUUUAUGAUUAGAAAUGCCAAUUUUUAUCAUAUAUUAAAUUAGUUUACUUAUUUCUCUUAGGGAUUAGGAAUCUCUAAAAUCAAAAGCCAGAGUUAAACCUCCUUAUAAAUGUGUAAACUCACUGUUGAGGUUUCCUAGCUACACUCUUUUGAUGAUUUUAUCUGUUACCCCCAGAAUUUCAGUUACCUUCUUUAUGACAAAAACUCUAAAUACAAGUUUUCAGCCCACACCUCUGUCCUCUGUUCCGUAUAUGUAUGCCUGAUAUUUCAAACUGAAUGUAUCUUUUUCCUCCUCCAACCAGUGUUACCACUUUCACUAAAGGUCACUGUCAUCUCUCAAGCCCCAAACCAGCAAAUUAUCAUUAACUUCUCCCUCACAUCUCGCUCGAAUAGUCAUCCUGUCCUGUUGUUUUUGUCUCUUAGUCAUCUAAGUCCCCUUAUUGGACUGCUGAAACAACCUCCCAAGGGGUCCUCCAGCCUUCACCUUGCCUCCUACCUUCCACCCCUUGUACACACUUUGCUCUAUGGGCAAAAGGAUAAGUUGUGUGUGUGUGUGUGUGUGUGUGUGUGUGUGUGUGUGUGUGUGUAAUAGAAGAUCUAAUCAUGUCACAUAUUUUUCAAACCUUUUCCAAUACUUUUCAUGUCUUUCUGCUCACUUUAGGGUAAAUUCCUUAAAGUGGUUUGCAGGGUUGUAUUUGCUUGCCUCGGGCUUCAUGUCUUAUUUCUAGUGCCUGAUACUUUGGCCUUACUAGAUCUCUUUCUUCCAAAGUAUGGGGCUUGAUUCCUUUUGUAUAUUCUAUUUCAUCUCUCUGGUAUCUUCUUUUCCCUCUUCACCUGUCUAAUUCUUAUUUAUCUCUUCUUCAGGGAGGCUUUCUUUCCCAGAUUAGAUUAGAUCCCCUCUGCUCUGCAUUCUACAGGACCCAAUAUUUCUCCUUUUAUAAUUCCCUUAUUUGUAACUACUGGUGUUAAUGUCUUUGUUGAGUUGUGACGUAAGUUCUGGGUAGGCCGGGCAUGUCUGACUUUUUCUCCACUGUCUCUAGCUCUGAUUAUAGCCAAACCCCACACUACUUCAUGAGUCUCUGUAGGAUUCUGCAGUGGAUCCACUUUAUGUCCCUGCUAUGGAAGAGGAUCAGGAAAUCCCAGAUAGGAUCCUCUUAAACCUCUAAAACUCAACACCGAGGCACAGACCUUGAUGAGAAGUCCACAGGGCCAGCCUUAUUAUAUACUUCACCAGACAUCCUAUUCUUCCAUGCCUUCUGAGCUCUUGAUUAUGAUAAACCAUCUCUCUGCCUUCUGUUUUUCUUGAAAUAAUGCUUCCAAUUCUACUUCUCACUUCGGGGUUAUAUGGAGAGACAUUUUUGGAUGAACAGUUAUGAUUUUGACUUUCCAAAAACGAGAAACUCUAUACUAUUUUUGCAAAUCUUUGUAAGUCAAAAAUUAUUUCACAAAGUGUUUUUGUUUUUUCAGCUGCAGCCUACACUCUUAUAUUGAGCUAUACCUGAAGAAAAGAUUUUGAAUUGAUAAGACAUCUUGAAGAAUGGACAAUCAGCAUAUCUCUAGGUUGCAUCAAAUAGCAAUCCCUAACUACUAUCCAGCUCCUUGACAUUUAGGGGAGGUGGGUCGAUCAGACUUAAUGCAUUAGCCUUGCUAUGAGGCUAUUUCCCAACACAACGUUUGACUAUAUUAAUUGACUCUUCAUAUAGAUUAUUGUAUAGUGGAAAGAGUGUACUAAUUGACAUGGAUAUUCCUAUUCACUUAAUAGUUAUUUUUAUCUUUAUAAAUAACAUUCUGAUUUAUUUCUCAAGUACUUGAGUGUUUGCUAAUAUGUCAGUCUGUCUGGCUACCACUUCUUGGACAGCUGACAAAUGGAGUUUGUUAACCUAGAAAGCUGGAAGCCACCCCUGACUCUUGGUGAUGCAGGCAGAUUGCUGUCCUGACAGGUUUUGUGUGAGUUACCAGAUAGUAUCCUUAGGCAACAGCUCUAUCUCAUUUUUCUGUUUACUGGGACAGUGAUAUCCCCUCCCCCACCUUUUUUCCUCUAUGAGCAGGGCUCCCAGUUUUUCAACCUUUGAAGUCUUUUACAAUCAAAGCAAAGAGAAGAUUUGUGGAUGUUGAAUAUGCAAGGAGAUGAAGAGAGAAAGAUUGGAAGAGUGAUUUGUCCAGGUUGGGUGAACAAGCCUGCUCCAGAGCAGGAUGGCUCUGAAAUUGAUUUGCCAGGGAUAGCAUCAAAGAGAUCCCAAGAGGAUGAAUACCAAGAUUCUACAUUUGAAGAAAAAUAUGUAUGUGAGAGCAUGAAGGAAAACCCUCCCAGAGAGGUUCCUGGACCAUGCCUUUUCCAAGAAGGUUUUGGGGGAAUAACUUUCAUCCACAAGGAAGCACCUCCAGAAGUGAUUAGACAAGGAUAUAAUUUUGAGAGAAGCCUGCUUUUGACCUCAAGCCUUGUUACACAUCUCAGGGUUUCUACAGAAGAGAGCCUACAUCAGUGGGAGACAAGUAGCAUAUACACCAAUGAGAUUUCAGACCAAAGUAAAUGUCCAAUCUUCUCUACACAGAAAAAAUCUUGGAAAUGUAGUGAAUGUGGAAAAACUUUUAAUCAGAGCUCAUCCUUUACCCAGCAUCAGAGAACUCAUACGAGACCCUACGCAUGUGAGGAAUGUGGGAAAACUUUUAGUCGUAGCUCAUUCCUUGUUCGACAUCAAAGAAUUCACACCGGAGUGAAACCAUAUGGAUGUGAGCAGUGUGGGAAAACAUUUCGAUGUCGAUCAUUUCUUACUCAGCAUCAGAGAAUCCACACUGGAGAGAAACCGUAUAAAUGUAAUGACUGUGGGAAUUCCUUCCGCAAUCAUUCACAUCUCACUGAACACCAGAGAAUUCACACUGGAGAGAAACCUUAUAAAUGUAAUAGAUGUGGGAAGGCGUUCAGUCAGAGCACACACCUCAUUCAUCAUCAGAGAAUUCACACUGGUGAGAAACCUUAUUUAUGCAAUGAAUGUGGCUCUUCUUUUCGCAAACACUCAAAUCUUACACAACAUCAGAGAAUUCACACUGGGGAAAAACCCUAUAAAUGUGAUGAAUGUGGGAAGACUUUCCAUACAAAGGCAAACCUCUCUCAGCAUCAGAGAAUUCAUACUGGAGAGAAACCCUAUAAAUGUAAGGAAUGUGGCAAAGCGUUUUGUCAGAGCCCAUCCCUUAUUAAACACCAGCGAAUUCAUACUGGAGAAAAACCCUAUAAGUGUAAGGAAUGUGGCAAAGCUUUUGCUCAGAGCACCCCACUCACUAAACAUCAGAGAAUUCAUACAGGGGAAAGACCCUACAAAUGCAGUGAGUGUGGUAAAGCUUUCAUUCAGAGCAUUUGCCUUAUUCGACAUCAGAGAAGCCACACUGGAGAAAAACCCUAUAAAUGCAAUGAGUGUGGGAAGGGCUUUAACCAGAAUACCUGUCUCACUCAGCAUAUGAGAAUUCAUACUGGAGAGAAGCCCUAUAAAUGUCAAGAAUGUGGGAAAGCCUUUGCUCACAACACGUCUCUUACUGAACAUCACAGAACUCACACUGGUGAGAAGCUCUAUAAGUGUAGUGAGUGUGAGAAAACCUUCCGCAAGUAUGCACACCUUAGUGAACAUUACAGGAUUCACACUGGUGAGAAGCCUUAUGAGUGUAUUGAAUGUGGAAAAUUCUUCAGACAUAGUUCAGUCCUCUUCAGACAUCAGAAACUUCACAGUGGUGAAUAAACCUGGCAUUCAGGUUAUGACAGUUUCUCUAGAGACAGUGACUAGGAAUCUGGCUGGGGAAGAGGGACAGGAAGAGUUCCUAGAGGGAAGGAUAAAGGAGCCUUGGAUACUGCACUUAGGAGGGUGUUUUGAGAAAUGGAGGUGGGAGCUUGGAGAAUGCAGAGCCUACUCCAGGUGGGCAUCUGGGAAUACAGGGUAGGAAAGAAGUUUCUACUUUUCAGAGAAAUCCUUGCUCUUUGCCACUCCUUUGUCUCCAUGUAAUUCUCAUACCUGGAGGUGCCAUUUAAGUUAGCACUGUGUUUCCCUUAUUACACCCCUGCUUCACCUUCCCAACUUGUCACCUGUGUUCACUGGUCAUAGGCUGAGGUGCUUUUCCAAAUUGAUUGUCGGUGUGAAAGUGGCAGUGGCUCUGAGGUAGUGCUGAAUAGCCUGCAGAUGCCUGAGACCGCUCUGACCAUGCCACCAUGGGGAGGCUGCCCAUCUGUGGAAGUGUUCCCAUGAAGGGGAGAUAGAAACUAGUGAAAAUAGAAUCCUUAGUCAUACAUCUAUUCAGCAAAUAAGGGGAUAUGUAGCAAGAGCUGGCCUGAUUGCUACAGAAAAGUUGGUGAAGAAGGCUUUUAUCAGGGUGAGGGAGAGCUUCCUGAUCCUUUCAAGCUGGAGAGUGACUUGGGGCUAAGAAGGAAAUAAGAGAUCAAGAGAGACUUCUCUUGAAUGAUGUCAGUUUGUGGGAAGGAAGUCAGAUCUGCUCAGAGGGUCACAGAGAGGAAGACCUAACCUCUUUCCCAGAGGAAUAUUAUCUUACCCAGAAAGAAAAUGGUUUGUGCUAGGCUGCUAGUGCUAAGAAGCCUCAGAGCAGGAAGCCUGCCUGUGACUGAGCAAGUUACCCACAUAUUCCUGUCCUAGACUAGGCUGUACACCUGUCUCUUGUAAGUUUGGCUGGGGCACUAGUGCACAGGGACCAGGGGAGAAGGGCCCACUAGGAUUAACAAAGUGGGACUUGGUUUGUUAGCAUUUAGAGAGGAGAAAGCAUUAGUGAUGAAGUGGUCACCGUAGUGGGGAUGGCUAGGUUUUGUGUUACCAUGGCAUUGGUGGCUCUAACCAUGGAUUCAUUAGAUCUCAGAUAUUUCUGUUUUUAUUGGGCCCCUUAUUCCAGGAUAUUUAUCAUACCCUGCGGAUUAGGAGUAUCUAGGGAAACACCUCUCGUGGGAUGAAUUUGGAAAGAAUUCUAGAGAGAAUUACCUCUUUUUCAAAUCCCUGAAAAUUGAACUAACACGGUUUGCCAUGAGUGUGAUGGUAUUUUAUUCUUUUGAGAGAAAGGAAGGGCAUGUUUCCCCUUUAUUUCCCUAUUCUCUUUCAUGUUCUUAACUGCUACCCAGAGAUUCAGCUCUGGAAGAUUAAGUGAGGAUAGCCUUUGACUAGUAUUUGAAAUAGUCUCUAUUCUCUGAAGCUUAUACAGUUUUUAAAAUAUGACCAUUAAAAACCUAAAGUAAGUUAAUUCUGGAAUGGUUAUUUGGAACUCAGCAUCGAUUUUUUUUUUUUUCCAGAGCAAGUGUCUUACAAGCAUUGGUUUGAGCAAUUAAUUACCAAUAAUGGGAAUGUGGCAGAAAUAACAUACUUUACCCUCUCCAGCUAUAAAGAUUAUGUUCUCAAACCUGCCAUAGGACAAUUCAUAAUUGAGUAAAUUAAUAUGGGCAAAAAUAACCCUAUGAAAACUUUACAUUUCAUGCUCAUGGAAAAACAACACAGUCUACUGAAAGCAAAUGUCAAUGUAUUUUUUUUUCUAAAUGAAAAAAAACACUAAACUCAUUGCUAGCAUGUAGUAAAUGUUCAAUAAAUAUUUAUUUGUUGAAUUAAUAUAUUUUAGUCAAACUUUGCCCACCAAAAACUUUAGGAACUUCCUGAUAUUUAGAGUAAUAUUUAUAUGCUACCAUCUUUGGAGUCUUGAGUGGAGAUUAGAGAGGAAAGGGAGAAUUUUCUUGAGGAAGAAAUGGGAAAACCUUAGCAGUGAAAGAUGCCUAAGUUGCUGUUGGAAAGAUUUUCUAAAGUGGAAUGGAGAAAAUGUAUUAAAUGGAGUUUUUAAUCCUUAGGUUAAGAGUGUCCGGUACCAUUUUUACUUCCUGGGGAGGCAGGAAGGAAAGGAACGUAUCAUCUUUACUCUCAUCCUAUAUUCUCACCCUUGCAAUAUUUGCUCCUGAUUUUCUCUCAGUUGCUGGCCCACCAUAUACCUAGCCACUCCAGCUUGGCCCCAAGUCUAGGAAUUGUCCUCUUCCUCAGGCUUCCCUCGUCAUAUCCAAUCAAUCACUAUAUGCUGUUGACAUUACCUUCUAAGUCUGGAAGCCAUCUCUACUGCUGCUGCCUUAUUCCAGCUCCCUGGUUUAUUUCCUAGGCUAUUUUUAUGUUUUCCCAACCAGUCUUGCAGUUCUUGCCCCACUAGGCCAUCUUUCACAUUUCUUCUGGGUGGUCUUUGCAAGACACAACUGUGGCAGCUCUGUUGUUCUCUCUCUGAAUAAAGUGCUAGCCUCAACGGGCAUCUGAGGCUCCUCAUCUGGCCCAGGCCUCCUUUGCCAUUCUCAGAGGACAUUUCUUGCAUGUUCUGUUCCAUAGUGCAAGUUUCUGUGACUCAUCAUCAUCUCUGGACUCUACUUUGGCACCUUUGCACAUACUGUUUCUAUGGCUUAUUUGCCUUCCUUGCUUCUGCUUUCCUGGGAGGCUCCCAUUUGUCACUUAUGAAUGUGCUCAGGUAACAUCUCUUCAAAGCUGUUUCUGACCUCACAUAUUUUUGUAUUAUUUCUGUGUUUUGUAACUUCAUCAUUUCAUGUAUCAUGUUAGGUUGUAAUGGCUAGUUUACAAAUCUUUCUCUUUCCACUGAACUGUCAGCUCCAUCAGGGCAGGAGCCAUGUGAAAUUUAUUCAUCUUUGUAUCCUCAGUC